AUGACUUCGCGUCGGGCUGCACUAACCGGCGCUGAUCGUGAAGCGUUCAUCAAGGCGCAGAUAAUGUCAGUGCAUAAGGCAUUGAACAAGAACGAAGUGCCACUAAAGCAAAAGCAUGUUCGUGUACUUAUUGUCGGUACUCAUAAGGAGAAAUCGUCGUCGGUCUUCUGGAAUACAGUCAACCGCAUUCAGUUGGAGAAGAAUCCGGUUCUCACAUGGAAAUUCUGUCACCUCCUUCAUAAAAAUCCGGUAUUUCCUGGAAGUCUUCAGCUACCUGAAGCUCAGAUCAAUAAACUGGUGAAUGCGGAUGUGAAUCAUUCAUUCGAAUUAUCGAUUGAAAUGCUCGAUCAAAUGGACGAUUUACUUAACUUGCAGACUACGGGUGAGUUCAUCUUCUGUUAUCGAUGA